AUGUUGCUCCGGAUCUCGCCUCGAAACCGCGCCCAUCUAAUAUGCCUCUGUGCAGCCCUGCUCCUGCUAAUUACAUGGGCGUAUCUAACUGUCUUACCCCAGAAGCAGCACCCCGUCAUUGCGGAGGAUGACGGCGCCAACCAAAUCGUCCAUACGUUAGACGGACCCCUUCCCGCCCCGCAACCCCGCUACUUCUGCCUCUCCCUUCUGUCCACCCAUCUCGACGCACGCUUCGCAAAGCCAACCCGGCCCACGGCACCGGAGCGGCAAGCCUCCCUUAUCAGGCUGCUGCGCUCGUUCGUUGGGACCAUGGAGGACGUGGGGAUUACCACGUGGAUCGCCCACGGUUCUCUGCUCGCCUGGCACUGGAACGCGCGGAUCUUCCCAUGGGAAUGGGACCUGGACGUCCAUAUGCAUCUUCGAGGGCUGCAGGAGCUGGUGAGCUGCUGCAACGGCUCGGUGUACAAGUAUGGCACUGAGGGAAAAUAUAUGCUGGAUGUUAAUGCGUUUGUGUGGGAGAGGGAUGGUAUGGUGGACCCGGCUAAUCGGAUCGAUGCGAGAUGGAUAGAUCUUACGACGGGGCUAUAUGUGGACAUCACGGCUGUGGAGGAGGCUGAUGAUGCUGAAGGAGAAGGGUUGCUAGUGGCCAAAGAUGGGCAUCGCUAUAGGAAGAGGGACGUGCUGCCAUUGGGGGCGGCGCGGUUUGAGGGUGUGGAGGUGCUGGUGCCACGCAAUGUGACAGUGGUGCUGGAGAAUGAGUACGCAGGGAGGCACUGGUUAGGAGGGUGUUUAGAGGGUUUAGGUUUCAUGAGGACCUAA